GUCUUUUUUUCCCCACGACUUUCAUUACUUUACUCUAUUUUACGUAUGCACGUUAAAAAAAGUGCUACAUAAACAAAGUUACUACUAUUAAACCUUUCAAUUCCGAUCUUUGAGACAGCCCCUGAAGGCAGCACAAGUUGAGCAGCUCUCAGUUAUUGCAAAGGCAGACUGAUGAUCCAGCUGCUGUGCGUGUGAAGUGUGUGCGCUGACAUGGAUACAACAACUGGCGUCUACUGUUGAAAGUGGACACAUUACAGUGUUAACGGUGACACUGCGGAGACUUCAGACAGCGUUGAAACUUCCUCCACGGCCGCACUCAUGUGAUUUUUUUUCCCUCUCCCCCUUGUUUGAGCCAUGUCCAAAAGCCUGAAGAAGAGGAAGAACCACUGGACUAACAAAGUCCAUGAGAGUGUCCUUUGCAGGAAUGAGGAGGGGGAGCUCGGGCUGGAGUUGAAGGGCGGCGCAGAGAAUGGACAGUUCCCGGUUAUCGGCGAGCUUCUCCCGGGUAGAGCGGUCUGCCACAGCGGCAAACUCUGCCAGGAUGAACUCCUGCUGGAAGUCAAUGAUACCCCGGUGGCUGGACUCACCACCAGGGACGUCCAUGCUGUGGUCAAACACAGCAAAGACCCCGUCCGACUCAAGUGUGUCAAACAAGGGGGCGUGAUAGACAAGGACCUGCGCCACUACCUCAACCUGCGCUUCCAGAAAGGCUCGGUGGACCACGAGCUGCAGCAGAUCAUCCGGGACAACCUCUACCUCCGCACCGUCCCCUGCACAACCAGGCAGCCCAAGGAAGGAGAGGUCCCGGGGGUGGAUUAUAAUUUCGUGACCGUUGACCGGUUUAUGGAAUUGGAGAAAAGUGGAGCCUUGCUAGAGAGCGGAACAUAUGAAGAUAACUUUUACGGCACCCCCAAGCCUCCAGCCGAGCCCAGCGCUCUGCUGCUAAAUGUAACUGACCAGCUGCUGCCGGGCGCCAGACCCAGCUCAGAGGGCAAGAGGAAGCGUAACAAGUCGGUCAGCAACAUGGAGAAAGCCAGCAUCGACCCCCCUGAGGAGGAGGAGGAGGAGAGACCCAUCGUCAACGGCAACGGUGUUGCUGUCACCCCAGAGUCGAGUGAACAUGAGGACAAGAGCACAGACGCGUCGGGGGACAUCGCUCCACAGAGUAACCCAGCGGAGGCUCCCACCGAGGUGCCCAAAGAUGAGGGACAGUCCCUGAAGAUGACCAUACCCAAACCAGAGGAGAACGACGAGCUAGGGCCACUGCCAGACAACUGGGAGAUGGCGUACACUGAGAAAGGAGAAGUCUACUUCAUAGACCACAACACCAAGACAACAUCGUGGCUGGACCCGAGGCUAGCCAAGAAGGCAAAGCCGCCCGAGGAAUGCAAAGAGGAUGAGCUUCCGUACGGCUGGGAGAAAAUCGAUGACCCCAUUUACGGCAGCUACUAUGUCGACCAUAUAAAUAGAAGGACCCAGUUUGAGAAUCCAGUCCUGGAGGCUAAGAGGAGACUCCAGCAGCAGCAGCAGAUGCAAAGCCAGGGUCUGUCCUCACUGCCCCUUCCCACCAUCUACAGAGAGAAGCCGCUGUUCACGCGGGACCCCACUCAGCUGAAAGGCAGUUUCUUGUCCACAUCACUCCAAAAGAGCAACAUGGGCUUCGGCUUCACUAUUAUCGGAGGCGACGAGCCCGAUGAAUUCCUCCAGGUCAAGAGCGUUAUCCCUGAUGGGCCUGCCGCAGCUGACGGGAAGAUGGCCACAGGUGAUGUCAUUGUCUACAUCAACGACGUGUGCGUCCUGGGUACCACCCAUGCCGAUGUGGUCAAACUCUUCCAAUCGGUGCCAAUUGGCCAAAGUGUGACACUCGUUUUGUGCCGCGGCUACCCGUUGCCCUACGACCCAGAGGAAGCUGCCAACGCCAACAACACCACCACCACCACCACCAUCAUCUCCCCGCUGGGCAUCAUGGAGCAGCGACCCAUCAUGGUGAAUGGCAGGACGGGCUAUGACAACUAUCUGGACUAUAUUUCCCGCACGGCACGCUUUGUGACAGACCCAAGUCAAGACCAGGUUAACGCCCAGCAGCAGCUGCUCCCCCCUCACCCGGGUGACACCCACUUAGACGGCUCGCUUCCUCCCACCACCGGCACAACGCCCCCUGACAGCGUCUCUAUGGCGUCGUCAGGGGCGACACAGGGGGAGCUGCUGACCCUGACCAUGGUGAAGGGUAUGGAUGGUUUCGGCUUCACGAUCGCGGACAGCGCCACGGGCCAGCGAGUCAAGCAAGUCCUGGAACCUCUAGGCUGCCCGGGCCUGUGCGAGGGCGACCUGAUAGUGGAGAUUAACAAGCAGCCCGUGCAGGGAUUCACACACACCCAGGUGGUGGAGCUGCUUAAGGAGUGUGCCGUGGGAGCUGAGACCUGCCUGGUGGUUCAGAGAGGCGGAACAGGUCACUAUUCACCCUGGAAGACCCCUAAGCAGGUGCUGGAGCAGUGGGAGUCCCAGCAGGGCCAGAGCAGCCCUGCUCAGACCAGCCUCUCGGCCCCCAUUAUCCCCCACAGCGCCCCCUUCCCAACCCACCAUCUUCACAGGGCCUCAGUCCCAGACUCAGCUUCCGAGGCCUUGGCCCUGGCUAAACCAGACCCCUAUGACCUUUAUGAGAAGUCCAGGGCUAUCUAUGAGAGUAGGCAACCGGGUCAGCCAAGGACUAUUUUUCCUGUGGACUCUUCAGGAGCAGAAUACCAGGACAUCGAGGUCCAUCUGCGCAGACAGAAGUCCGGGUUCGGUUUCAGGGUCCUGGGCGGGGACGAGGCCGGGCAGCCUGUGAGUCCGGAGACGCGUGAGAAGAUCUUGAUUGGGGCAAUCAUAGAGAAGAGUCCGGCGGAUUUAGACGGGCGCUUACGGCCCGGCGAUGAGCUGUUGUUUGUGGACGGGAUCCCAGUGGUGGGAAAGCCACACAGAUACGUCAUCGACUUAAUGCACGGGGCGGCGCGAAACGGCCAGGUGAAUCUGGUCAUCAGGAGGAGAGUACCAGCAACAGGUGAGUCCUGUCCGGAGAACGGCCGCAGCCCCGGCUCUGUCUCCACGCAGCACAGCUCCCCACGCAGUGACUUCACAUAUGGCAACAGCACCAGCACUACCCAGGCACCCAUGGGCAACGCCGCCACUUCAGACGGCACAUCGACCCCCAACGCACAACCCAGUGAUGUCAUCAUUAACCGAAAGGAGAGCGAGGGCUUCGGCUUCGUCAUCAUCAGCUCGCUCAACCGGCCCGAGGCCGCCGCCACCAACACUGUGCCCCAUAAAAUUGGCCGCAUCAUCGAGGGCAGCCCGGCAGACCGCUGCGGGAAGCUGAAAGUGGGAGACAGGAUACUGGCGGUGAACAGUCAGUCCAUCGUCAACAUGCCGCACGCCGACAUCGUUAAGCUGAUCAAGGAUGCGGGCCUCAGCGUCACCCUGAGGAUCAUACCGCAGGACGAGAUCAGCAACCCCCCUUCAGCCCCCAGCUCAGAGAAGCAGAGCCCCAUGGCCCAGCAGCACAGCCCCAAGACCCAGCCCAGCGUCUCUGCCUCCCUGCCCACCUCAGCGGUCUCAGAGCCCAGCCCGCCCGUCUCCCAGCCCAACCCGGUGCCCCACCAGAGCCCCGUGACCCAGCUGCCCGCCCCUCCGCCUCAGACCUACACCCAUGAGAGCAGUUACAGGUCAGAGGUGAAGGCGAGACAAGACGUUAAACCAGACAUCCGACAGCCGCCGUUCACAGACUACCGUCAGCCACCGGUGGACUACCGGCACCCUCCUGUGGCAGACUAUCGGCAGCCACCCACGCUUGACUACAGACACCCGCCGCUGCUGGACUACAGACCACUAGCUCCUGAUGCCAGACAGUUCGCAAUCCCAGACUACAGAAUGCCUCCAGUUCAACUUUCACAGGACUUUGACUUCUUCACAGUGGAGCUGGAGAAAAGCGUAAAAGGCUUCGGUUUUAGCAUCCGUGGAGGACGGGAGUACAAGAUGGACCUGUUUGUCCUACGGCUGGCAGAGGACGGACCGGCUAUCCGCAACGGGAGGAUGAGGGUAGGGGACCAGAUCAUUGAGAUCAAUGGAGAAACAACCCGUGACAUGACCCACGCCAGGGCCAUCGAGCUGAUCAAGUCCGGAGGCAGGCGUGUUCGUCUGCUCCUAAAAAGGGGCACAGGGCAGGUCCCAGAGUACGACAAUGCCGCCUCAUGGGAUGCUUGCCCUUCAGCCUCCCCAAGCCUGUCGGAAGUAGCCCCUCCCAUCGACAGCCUUUCCAUGUCAUCGCCUUCAUCUCAUCUGGCCCCAGCCCCCGACCCACCUCACCUGCCGCCUCUGGACGUCCCUCGAGACCCGGUGACACGAGACAGCAGGACAGAGCGUUCGAAGAGCCCCCAGAAGUCCGAGCUGCUAAAUCCGGAUCCGAUCAGCCAGGGAAGGAGAGUGGCUACAACCGGCGGGAGCGGCAGAGCAAAGAAAGAGGGUGGCAGGUCCACCCACAAGGGGCACAGGGUGCAGCCCACUACUGAGGGGGAAGGGGGCAAAGAGGGGCAGAGCGGGGAGCACAAACCUUCCAGAAGCACCAGAGGGAGGUCCAAGGAGAGAAAUACUGGGGACAGCAGCUUUCCCGGUGGGAAAAGAGAAACCACCCAGUCUCCCAGUGGCUCCAUGCUUCCGCAUACUAACGGGAACAGCAGGGACGAUGUGGAGCGUUACAGCAGCGGGCAGCAGCAGCAGCAGGUGGAGCUGGAGCAGAGCAAGCCCAGGCCCAGGGAACUGGACAGGGACCUGGGAGAGAGCCGGCCCAGCCUGCCCAUCAAGAGCACCAGCAGCGGCAGCGCAGCAGGGAGGAAGGCCACGGUCUCUCCUGGGCCUUGGAAGAUCCCUGGAUCAGACAAGCUGCCCAGCACGCUACGCACAGGCACGUCCACGCUGAGCAGAUAACACCGCAGCUCCAGCACGGUGGUCCAGAGCGCAGUGGCCACACUCAUCUGAACUAAACCACCCCCAUCUGGAUGAAAAUACCAUCCUCACGCCUUCCUGUGCCCUUGCUCCUUCCCUUUAUCUCCCCUCCGCGUAACUCGUUCUCCCAUAAAGUCAAAACCAAGGGGGGGCAGGGUGAUCUGGACCACGUAUUUUUAGAGUUUUAUUUAUGAUACUGUACUCUAAAUUAUUUUGAGAAAUAUUUUACACCCACCACCUUAAGAACUGGAAAAAUCACCCACUUUUUAAAAAAAAAAAAGCGGAAGAGCAAGCAAGAAUGUGUGUGUGUAGCGUGACGGGGAAUCAUUUGGGAGGUACAAACAUUGAAGAACUCCAUUUCAAGUCCCACCCCCCCCCCCCCAAAUUUCCGCAGCAGCAGAACCAGGGGACGAACAUUGAGAUAUAAACAACUGACAGGAAGCAACUGUCGGUUACCAAUGGAUUUUUUUUAUAUAUAUAUCUACGCAAUGGAGUCUAUUUUAUGAAAUGGAAUGUUUAAAAGAGGGUUUGCCUGUUUUUGACAAGAGCGAAUGGGACAAAGAGUGACAGCAAAGAUGAAAUUUACUCAUCAACAGAACUUUGCCUUAACAGAGACUGAAUGGGCCUGAAUCUGUCUUGAAUAAUCUAUCAGAUGAUUAUAGACAUAGAUAUAUUAUAAUGAAUAUGAAUAUGUGGGAUCAUUUUGUAAAUAAGAUCAUCUUUAAGUGAAAAGAACCUUAGUUGAGCCGAUGGAAAUUCUAGUCCACGCUUGGUUGAGCAGAGAGGCGCAAAAAUAUGGACGAGAACUUUCACCACACCAACUUCUCCCUCUUCUACACUCCCGUUCAGCCCUGUGAUUGCAGUUCGGGGUCUCGGCAGGCCUGCUGCGGUCGGCUGCACGGUCUAUUUGGGAGUUCAGCGGGGAUGUCGUGUCAAUCCAUUUUUCUCAUUUCUGUGCUUAACGAACAAAGCAAUCCACAACGGUGGUGUCCAGCCGGACGCUGAGAGAAGGAGCUUGCUUGAUACCGAGGGGCAGAGUGCCUUAGACUGACAAGAGAGGUUGGCUUUUUAGUCAAAGGUUCAACUCCAAAAUACUUGAGAGGGUUCAAAACAGGCUGCUAUACAACUCCAACUUUACAGAAUAUAAAUAAUAAACUGUAUUUUUUCAGAUGCGAGUGUGAUACGGUGAAAUAUCAUUUAUUUCACAAGCUUGUGUAUGAAAAUAAGUCCAUUACCAGAGGUGUUGAUGGUCCAUAUUUGUGCAAGUGGUUCAUUUUGGGUCAUGAUAGUUUUCAUUGCUGAUUUCUUAAUGAGGUCUGACAUUAGUAAUUUCCAUGAAGAACUGCUUAUAUAAGAUUGUGUAAUCAAAACCAAAAACAAACUAAACUAGUAAAAUCUGAUGGUGAGUCACAAGAGAAUUAAUCUCACUUGUCAAAAGCUCACUCGCGUAACCAUCCGUAACCUGACUGAUCGCCCUCAAUUUGAAAAGGAAACAUUUCUAUCAUUUCCAGGCCCGGCUGAGGAGAGUUUGCACCCGUCACAGCCGCCGUCUGUUGAUUUGUUUUGGGUCGAUUUGGUCUAUGAUAUUAAGACGUGCAUCUGCACCCCAAAGCUCCCUGUAGGUUUUCUUUGAAAGCUACGCUCUUGUACAUUUUUUAUACAAUAAGCUGAUCAUUUUAAGAGCUACAAAUCUUAUACUAGCAUCUGUAUCUUCUGUGCAGAAGUGGUAAUUUUUCCUCUGAAUGAGCCAAUAUUAUUAGAAGAAAAAAAAAAAGAAUAGAACAAAAGUUUCUUCUCCUUCCGCUGGUGAGGGAAGUGCAAACUGUUGAAAGAAUGAUAGAGCAAAGGGAGACAAGUAAUUAUGUUUGCCAUUGUAAUCUGUAAUUACACAAGGAAUAAGGGGACUGACUUUAAAGCACAAUCUCACACAGAGGGGUUUUAGGAUAUGAAUUAUUGUGUCAGGGAACAGAGAAAAUCAUCAGCCAGGCACCAACGGCUCAGCUCUUCAAUCACUUGUAGAUGGUACAAUGUCCCAAAAAAAAAAAAAAAAAAACGCCCCAAAACUAAAUUUAACAUUUGUCAGAGAAAAGGUAGCAAAAAAAGCUGCUUAAAUACUGAAUCUUCAUGCCCAUUUGACCGGACUGCUCCUUUAUUUUGUGACUUCUGUUUGACGCAAAAACAAACAAACAAACAAAAAAAUAUGUGUGUACGUUUGCUCAGCCUUUGCACAACUCACUGCUUUCCACGUUUGAACUGUGUCCAUCGAGCCAAAUUGUAAGUAGUUUUCUACGGGAAGCGAAAAAGAACAAAAAAAAAAUACAAAAAAAACAAAAAAAAAGAAGAAGAAGACAUCUAGAGUUGUAUUUGCAAAAAUGUGUGUGCUGAAUUAACAACACACGCUGCACCAUAAACCCCGAGCGGCUCAGUAUCACUGUGUAGUGUUAUAGCAGUGUGUAGACCCUGAACAAAUAUCUCUAUAAAUAUGACUCAGUGUACUGUUGAUGGUCACAAAGACUGUAAGUGGAGCAACUAUUUUUAUGAAAUGCAACACUAUGGAUAUAUUAACUUUUGCAAAAAUCUUGUUUACCUGUAUGAUAUUCUGAAACGCUGUCAAAUAAAAGAAAAUCUUGACACAUGAAAGAUUCAUUUA